AUUCCUGUAAUGGCUGCUUCCUAGAAGGUAAUGUACGAACUCGUCUCCAAAGGAUACUUAGGUUGCACCAGUGUAUUUGUAAAACAGGAGCAAAUUUGGACCUUGCCGGGCCAAAGUCGUGUCACGUGGAACCUCUUAAUCUCAGCAUCCGGAGCUCCAGGAAGGGAAGAUUUCAAGUCAGAUAGAAUUCUAUAUAUACCAUUUCUUUGGAACCUUCAGCCCUCAAGAUUCCAACAUCAUGACCUCAGUUUCAACACAGUUGUCCUUAGUCCUCAUGUCACUGCUUUUGGUGCUGCCUGUUGUGGAAGCAGUAGAAGCCGGUGAUGCAAUCGCCCUUUUGUUAGGUGUGGUUCUCAGCAUUACAGGCAUUUGUGCCUGCUUGGGGGUAUAUGCACGAAAAAGAAAUGGACAGAUGUGACUUUGAAAGGCCUACUGAGUCAAACCUCACCCUGAAAACCUUUGCGCUAUAGAGGCUAAACCUGAGCUUUGGUGUGUGAAAGGUUCCAAGAAUCAGUAAAUAAGGGAGUUUCACAUUUUUCAUUGUUUCCAUGAAAUGGCAACAAACAUACAUUUAUAAAUUGAAAAAAAAAUGUUUUCUUUACAACAAAUAAUGCACAGAAAAAUGCAGCCUAUAAUUUGCUAGUUAGAAAGGUAGUCAAAGAAGUAAGAUGGCUGAAAUUUACAUAAGUAAUAUUUCAUAAUCUUAGAAUUCUCUCAAAGCAUGUGAAAUAGGAAGAAGGAAGUUCUUGCCCAGAAUCUUAGGAAAUCACCACUGUUCGGUUAUAAUCACUGCCUCCUGAAUCGUUGAGGAGUCUUUUCUCCAUUUUUUUAAUUAGAUUUUUGUUUUGUUGUCUCCCAAGUUAAUAUUAUAUUUAGAUAUCAGAGAGUCAGCCAAAAAGGAAAACUUUUAUCUCUAGGGAAAAAACAUUUAGAAAAAUGUAUUCAGUGUAUCUAAUACUGAAAUGCGGAAAAAAAUUUAAUGUUAAAAAAAAACUAUAGACAUUGACAUGGAAAAGAGAUUUAAUGUUUUGAAAAAAACUUGAUAUUAACUGAGUAACAUCCUCCUGAUGAGAAGUACUAUAUUAAAUAUAAACCCAUUAUGUUAUAA